CGCAGAACAGUCAAGCUAUUAUUGCCCAAACACUUCCAGAGAAUGGAUUCGAAGCCGGGUGCACUGACUGCGACCGAUAGUGUCAGGAUCUAUAAGACCAGCCGGAGUCGAGGCUACUGAAGUCAUAUCGCAACGCAAUGGGAGCCCCACCUGCAACAGCCACUCAGAGACUGCGCAUCGCGAUCUGCGGUGCCGGCAUAGGAGGACUCGCUCUCGCAGUCGUGCUCGGUAAAUUUGAGCGACCCGAAGCACCAAUUGAAGUCAAUCUCUACGAGAGGUACCCCGAGAUCGCCAUGCUUGGUGCUGGCAUAUCGGUCUGGCAACGGACAUGGCGAGUUAUGGAGCUGCUCGGUUUGGACAAGGAGUUGUCAGAUGCGGCGGAAAGGCCGCCCAACAAGACCAUGGGACCUGGGUUCGUCUACAGGCGGUCUGAUAGGACGGAGGACAACUAUACGUUCUAUAGGAUCAUGAUGCCAUACGGGUCAUCCAGCAUGCACCGAGCCGACCUGAUACAAGUUUUGUCACGGAACGUCCCCUCGAGAUAUACGACGCACUGGCGUAAGAAAGUUCUCCGGUACGAUGAGAUCCUCAACGAUAAGGGGGAAGUUUCCCAUCUCGAACUCCACUUCGAGGAUGAUUCAACGGCGGAGGCAGACAUUCUGAUUGGCGCAGACGGGAUUAGGUCUACCGUGCGCACCUCCAUGUACGAUAUCGCACAUCGACGCGACUGUCCCGACACUGUUGAUCGGGCCCACUGCCUGCGCUGCUCACCGGCGACGCCGACAUGGGACGGGGUCGUCGCGUAUCGAACUCUGGUGUCCACGGAGAAGCUCAAAAAGAUCAACCCCGAGCAUGAUGCGUUCCGAUCCACCCUCUGCGUACGUGCUUUGCAUGCGAGUUCGUGAUUGCAAUUAGGUGCUCAUGGGCAACCUUUCUAGUUCGCAGGGAAGUUGAAGGUGAGCAACCGAUGUGGCAAACAAAGGAGAC